GAAAACGUUGUAAGUGUAAAAUCUUUUUUUUUUGCAAUAAUUUCAAAUUUUCGCAAGGGGCGUGUCCUAGGCCAAUUUGUAUUAACUUAUUUUUCACUUGUCGUACCGAGCUCACUCUCACUAAAAUUUAGCAAUCAGCUUUGAACCAAUAGGCUUGUUAUAGUGAGGUGAUAUUUAUUGUAUACGUACUAUACUGUAAUGUCACUCUUAACAAAACUGGCCAUAAGGUCAAGUAGUGGGUAUGGGUGUAGAAUUGGUGUUAGACCAUUAGUACAACAAUUGCGUUUCAAUUCUUCUACCAAUCCUAACAAUAGUAAUGAGACCACUCAUUUUGGAUUUAAGACCGUUAAUAAAGAAGACAAGGAGAAAUUAGUUGGAGGAGUAUUUUCAUCAGUUGCAUCUAAAUAUGAUGUUAUGAAUGAUGCUAUGUCAAUGGGUGUACAUAGAUUAUGGAAAUCACAUUUUAUAAAUCGAUUAGAUGCUGGAAUGAGACCAGGAAGUAAUCGUGGACUUGAUUUUCUUGAUGUUGCUGGUGGUACAGGUGAUAUUGCAUUUGGAUUAUUAGAUCAUGCUGAAAGAAAAUUUAAUGAUACUAGUUCAACUAUGACAGUUGCAGAUAUUAAUGCUGAUAUGUUAAGAGAAGGAGAAAAAAGAUUCCAAUCAACUAGAUGGAAUGAUGGAUCUGAUAGAGUUAAGUUUUUAGUACAAAAUGGAGAAAUUUUAGAUCAAAUUCCUGAUAAUUCUAAAGAUGUAUAUACUAUUGCAUUUGGAAUUAGAAAUUUUACUGAUGUUCAAGCUGGUUUAAAUGCUGCUUAUAGAGUUCUUAGACCAGGAGGUAUUUUUGCAUGUUUAGAAUUCUCACAAGUUGAUAAUCCUGCUAUUGACUAUAUUUAUCAAGCUUAUUCAUUUUCUUUAUUACCAUUAAUGGGUCAAUUAAUUGCUGAUGAUAGAGAUUCUUAUCAAUAUUUAGUAGAAAGUAUUAGAAAAUUCCCUAAACAAGAAGAAUUUAAAUCAAUGAUUGAAAAGGCAGGAUUUUAUGUACCUGAAAAGGGUUAUGAAAACUUAACCUUUGGUGUUGCUGCUAUACAUAUUGGUGUAAAACUUUAAAUAAUUUAAAAUAGUUUAAAUAAUAUUAAGAAUCUUCUAAAAAUCUCUUUUGUAUAUAGUUACUAAAAUUACAAUUACAUAUAAUAUUUACUUUUAUAUCUUAUAAAUAUAUA